AGAGAAUAGUAUAAAAACAGUUUAGUAACAGCUAGGUACGUCGUCAAGCUGUUUUUAGAAAUAUUUUUAUACAUGGCUGCCAAAAGAACUGUAGAAUUCACUGUAAUUUUUUUCUGUUCCAUGUUGUUCGUGAUUUACUUUGAAAAAGGAUAUAAAGCGUAUUAAUUUUACUUUCAAUAAAGUCAUUCGAAGAAGAUCUAACUUUAAUAAUGUACCUAGCAGAGUCGCAAGACGCCAGCUAAUAUAAGAGAAAUAUUGGCCAAUUUUUGAGUUGUAUUUAUCCAAGACUUACUCCGCAAAACAACAACGUUUAUUUACAUUGACAACUAUUUAUAAUAAAUAAAAAGAGUUUAUCAUUAUGAGCAUUAAUAAAAUCUCUCGGAAAAGAGGAAAACCUCGAGAAUUCGACAAGGAUAUUACCUAUAAUGUGUUGGAGACGUACAACAAAAUAAUCAUAACAGAAGAGGGUAAAGUUUUAGCCAAGUCUAGGCCUGAAUGGAAUGAAAUAAUUACAAAAUUAAAUGAUACAUAUAAAGAAAGUAAUAUUGAUGCCAUAAGAAAGACUCAAUCUCUUUAUUCCUACGUUACGUGUAACAAAGAUAACGUUAGGACAAAAUUAAGUUUGGCUAGAGGCAUUCAAGUAUGUGAUAAAAACAAAGAUAUCGAACAUGAUGAAAUUGGUGGUAAUGAAUCACUCGUCGAUGAUUUGUAUAUGUUACAAGAAUCUGCUAUUUUAGAAGAAUCUCUAGAAAGUGUUUCAGAUAAUGUCUUUGAGUGUGAUAUAUUCUUACCCUACAAUGAAUUUGAGAAACUACUUGUUAUAAAUUAUGAAUGGACUCAAAAGAAAAAAUAUGUUCGUAAAGUAGUAAAAUUGAAGCAAGGUGAAUGGCAAGAAUUUUUAAAUAAAAAAAUUAUUGAAAAGACCAAAAUUAAAUGUGGUUUUAAAUUUCAACGUCACAACGUAACAGUUGAUGGAUCAUCAGGGCAUGCUUUUGGUUACUGUGAUUGUAAGUCGGAGAUUGAAAGUACUUUUGAGCGCGAGGAUGAUGUAAUGAAAAUUCAUUGUCGAAUAAAUGAAGGUAGUGGAAGAUGUGGAAAACGACCAGCACGAGCUGGUGUAAGAGAUAGGCUAGGAACAAUUUUGCAAAAUAAAUCGGCACAUGUUGUGAGAGUAGAAAUGGCAAAUGAGUUAAUGCCAAAUGGUGGAAAAGAACCUGGGGUUCUCUAUUCAAAAAAUGUCUUGCGACAAAUCAGAUCUCAAGCCAUCGCUAAAAACCAUGUACACGAAGAUCCUUUGCUAGCAUUAUACUGGCAUAGUGUAACUGACAUGAAAGAUGACAUCGUAAAUAUGUCAUUAAAACCCUUUUAUGUGCAUUACUUCACAAAACAUCAAACUACUGUUUAUAAGACCCUACAACAAAAAAAGCAUAUUUGUAUGGCAAUCGAUGCUACUGGCUCUAUAUGUAGACGGAUAAAUUUACCGAAUAACGGAAAAAGUGGGCCUAUUUUUUUAUAUGCUGCAGUUAUUAGUACGUCAGAUGGUGAUCAUACGUCUGUUGCUCAAAUGAUUAGUGAUAGGCAUACGACUAGAGUUAUUGCACACUGGUUAUCAGAAUGGAGUCUACAAAGUGGAGUAGAGCCUCCAAAAGAAGUUGUGUGUGAUGCAUCUGAAGCCUUACUUGCAGCUACAAUUAAAACGUUUACACCCUUUAAAACAAUUAAUCAAUAUGCCGAUUCAUUCCUCAGUGAUGAACUUCCUCCUUGUUAUGUCCGAAUCGAUGUGGCUCACCAUAUUAAAAAAUAUGUAGAUAUAUUAAAAACUGCACGAGUUGAAGUAAAGAAAUUCUAUCUGGCUUGUAUAGGAAAAUUGAUUCGAUGUACUAGUCUUGAUGAAGCCGAUAAAUUAAUUUAUGCGAUUUUUGUAAUAUCUUCCAGUGAGUCUGAUGGUGUACAAGAAAAAAAUGAAAACUUAUUAUCCGAAUGCCAAGAACAAAAGGAUUUUAUAGCGUCUAUUUUACAUGAGUUCGACUAUAAAAGCUUAGUUCAACCUGAAUCAAGUGAUUCAAGUGGUUCUGACUUAGAAGAUGAUGUAGAACUUAACCGGAAGAAAACGAAAAGUAAAGCUGAACCUAGUACAUUUCGUGACAGAGGUAAAAAAAUAUUUGCGAAAGCUGAAAAAAACAUAAAAGUCAAUAAAGGAAUCGGUAUUAAUCCUCAUUGGUUUCCGAAAGUAUCAACGCAGUUACUAGAUGAUCUCAAGUGGUUAGCUUUAUGGAGUUGUGUUUUUCUAUUAAAAAUAGGAUAUGGUCGGAAUCCAGCAUCUAGUGGUCACGUUGAAGUAGAAUUUAAAAAUAUUAAGACAAUUUUGUUGCCCAAUCAAAAAAUCUCAAUUCCUACUCGUGUAGAUACGUUUGUCGAAAUACAUAGAGAGUAUAUUGACGGUAAAUCAAAAAUUUUAUCUGCGAAAUUAUUGUCUGAAGAUGCUGAUAAAGAAGAUAUGAAUCAAAGUAAUAUAGAAAGAAAUACUGAUGCUAGUCAAAAGUGUAAAGUCGAUCAAUCGGCAUCUAACUCAUGUAUUGCGUGUAAAAUGGGAAAUCUGCCAGAAGGGGCUCAUUAUUGUGUGAUGUGCAAAACAGCUGUUCAUGCUUUAGACGGAUGUUCUAUGCCAUAUGAAAGUGACGAUGAGGGGUAUGGACAAAAAAGGAUUUGCUAUUCAUGCAAUAAUAAAAAUGUAAAAGGUAAACUAGAUGAUAAUGAAAAAGUUUGGCAUAAUACUAAUGACUGUGAGACCUGUGGCCCUGUAUCAGUCAAGUGUCUAGUAUGUUUAGUAUGUCAACGCAUUAUUAAAUGUAAUGUGUGUUCAGCGAUAAAAGUCGAUGACAGUAAAAAAGGUACAUCAGAAAGUUGGAUGUGUAUUGAUUGUAGUCAACAAAGUAAUGUUCAUGAAUUAAUAGAAUCCAAAAAAUUUGAUAAUUGGAAAAAUCAAGUAUAUAAAAGUAAUGAAGAGAAUCGUGGACGUUAUUUACAAGAAAACUAUCCACAAAAUGCAUUUCUCUUAAAGGAUAAAUUAUCAAAGGUUCCCAUAUUAAAGGCUGGAUCGGACACGAAUCUACAAGCUGUGUCUAUAAAUAAAAUAAAAAUAAAUUUGAAAAAUACAAAUGCAUUCGACAUGCUUUUCCAAAUGCUUUUAACAAUUUCUCUGGACAGCGACAUUGUUUGUGAUUACUUAUCUCGAUACAAUGACGAAAACAAUUUCAUUAAACUGAUUCAAGAAGCAACAAAAAGUGGAAUUUCACUCAAAACUUAUCGUAAACGGGUUGAAAUACUAUUAUCUUAUGCGCAAAAAGGAGAUCUUCAAUUUGAUUGUCAAGUUUUGGAUUGUAAUAUCGAUGCUGGAUAUCUUUGGAAAGAACUAGUUGAUAAUGUGCCAUACGGAUUAAAGAGGACUGAAAAAUGUGAUGCUGGUUGUGAGGAAGUUGUUAGUCAGUUAAACUUUCCUUUACUUGAAAUUGCCGUUUUGAAGGACAAAAAUUUUAAUGAAAAUCUGAAUCGAAUUAUUUUUGAAAAUGAUAAAUGUUCGGUUAAAAAUUGCGAUGGAAAUUUGGAAGGAUCAGUAACUACUGAGCAUAUAAUUAUAUUUGGAAUUAUAUCACACAAAACAAGUGAUGCUACAAUAAAUGAUCAAGCAAUGAGUCUGAGAGAAUUUCCUAAAACCUUAAAACUACCAACUAUGACUGCCGGAUAUACACUAAGAGGAAUUAUUUCGUGCCAGUCACUACGAGAGUCACGAAGUGCGAGUAAAGAAAAUGUAAAACAAAUAGUCAGAUCAUACAUCGCUUUCUGUCUACGAAAUAACCAGUGGACUGAAUUUAAUUACAGUGCGAAAAUUCGUCCUAGCAGUCAUCAAGUAGUUCCGCAUUUAGUAGUAUAUUCCAAAUAAACUCACGGAUAGAUAAUUUCAGUAUCUAUCAUAAAGAUUUUAGAAGCAGGUCUUUGUGAAAAAAAUAGAAAACUUAGUUUAAGAUUCAUAAUUGACAAUAAUUUGUCAAAAAGUUAUGCGUUUUUAUUUUAUAACAAGGAAAAAAAAUUAAAAAUAAAAGAUUACUUCUAACACUAUUAAUAUUAAUACACGGUGUGAUGUUCUUACACUCAAUAGAUAGAGUUAACUUAGAUUUAUCGACUAUAAAUAUGAUCCACGAUAUCAAAGAUUAAAUUUUGAUAUUGUACUUACUACACUGUAAACAAUUUUGCGUCAUUUUGUACACAUAUUUGCGUACAAAAUUUUGUGUAUUAGUUGUGCAUUGUUUAAUGCAGGCGUUAACGUAAGAACUACACAUAAGAAUGUAGUCGUCAUUCUUUUAACACUUUAUUUGUUUAUACAAUGAUGCGAAUUUUUUUACUGUGUGUAUAUUGCUCAGAUUUGUGUAAAACUUGUGAAUUCAGGAAUUCUGUGUCAAAAAAUUAAAUAUUUGGAGUUUC